AUGCCGUUACCGGGCGGCCUGGGCGGCACCCGCGCCCUGGGCCUCCUGGUCCUGCUCCUGCUGCGGCAGCCCCGGCUCCCGGAGGCGCGGGCGGGCGGGGCGGGGGGGCCCACACCCUCACCUGCCCCCUCGGGGGGCGGCCGCCAGCACCCGGGGGCGGGCCCGCGGGAGUUGCCACCUGUAGGCGCUCAGGGGCCCUCCGAGGCCCCCGGGUCCCCCCAUUUGGCGGCGUCGACCCCAGGGGGCUCUGAUGCCCAGGAAACGGCGGCGGCCCCACUGACACCGACGCCGCCCGCCACGGAAGACAGGGUGACGCCCGUGACGCCGCCCGCCGCUCCAGGUGAUGCUGCUGGGCCGGGCCCCGCCAGAGACCAGCGGUGCUGGGGCCGGGAGGAGCGCGGCGGGCGCCGGCGGGCGGCGUGGCCCUUCAGUGCGCCCUCCUCGCCUGCUCCAGGCUGCGGCCACCAGACCAUGCGGAUCGUGGGCGGGAGGCCGGCGGCGGAGCGGCAGUGGCCCUGGCAGGUGAGCCUGCAGAUCAAGGACGAGCACGUGUGCGGGGGCUCCCUCAUUGCCAACCGCUGGGUGUUGACCGCCGCCCACUGCAUCUUCGGGCUGUGGUCAGAGGCAGGUGGUGCUAGGGCCCUUGGGAGCCUGGACCGUCCAGAUCCAAAACCACGUUCAAAGCCGCUGCUUGAAGCCAGUGCUGCCCAGAAAGGCCUGCAGAGCUUGUUAAAUACAGAUGGCCUGUCCCCAACCCGAGAAGUUGUGAUUCAGGACUUUGCAUUUCUGACACGUUCCCACGUGAUAUUGAUGCUGCUCAUCCGAGGACCAGACUUUGAGAACCCCUGGAUGGAGUGGCUGGGGCUGGGGAAGGGGUGCGGUGUGGAGGAAGGGAAGUGGCUGAUGGCUGGCGUGGGAGAUAGGACGGGGCUGGGAAGAACCCAGACCGUGUGGAAGGGCCUGGGACCAUCAGGGUCUCUCUGCAGCUUCCUGGAUUACACGGUGAAGGUCGGAGGCAUCCACGUGCAUCACGCCUCCAAAAUGGCAGUCAGAGUCCCAGUGCGAGACAUCGUCAUCCACCAAGAUUUCAGCACUUUCAAGACGAUCGAGAACGACAUUGCACUGGUUCUGCUCGAGUUCCCUGUGAAUUACUCCACCCACAUCCAGCCGGUGUGCUUCCCCGAGAAGACUUUCAUGGUGCAAACGGAUACCGACUGCUGGGUGACUGGGUGGGGAAAACUACAUGAAAAAGGUGAGACUGUGAAGCAAAUUCAGGCCCGGGGAGGGGUGCCCUGGGGUUAUCCUAAGGAGGCAGCCCCCGAAUUGCUCCAGGAGGCUGAGCUAAAAAUCAUUCGCCAUGAGAAGUGUAAUGAGAUCUUGAAGAAAAAGUUGGGAACCAGGUUUGACCUAAAACCUGGGCUGGGGGCGCCCCACGUGUGUCCAGUGCCUUGCAGGCAGCCAGCCGGCUCUGAUGUUGGUCUUUCAUUCCUCCAUUUGUCUCUCUUUCUCUCUCUCUCUCUCCAGGGAGAUUCUGGGGGCCCCCUGGUCUGUGAAUUUAAUAACACCUGGGUCCAGGUGGGGAUUGUGAGCUGGGGCAUCGGCUGUGGCCGCAAAGGAUAUCCUGGAGUUUACACAGAAGUUAGUUUCUUCAAGGACUGGGUCAUUGAUCAGAUGAGUCAGGCUUCUUCUCAAGACUCAGCAGUCCUCCCCACCCUGCCCCUGUGUCUGGUGCUGUCCCUGGGCGUCUUGGUGACCUUGUGACCACAGGCUUGCUCCCUCCUGUUUCUGAGUCUCCCUCGAGGCCUCUCCUCCCAUCUCCCUCUCCUCAGUGCCCUCCCCUCACAUUCCCGUUGGGACCCACUGGCUCUGUGGAGCCACAUAACAGAGAGUAGAAGUGAGACUGGAGUCCCCGAAAGUGUCCUGCCUGGUGCUCCAGUCCCGGGCCCCGGCCCCGCCUACACCUGCUGGGAGGGAGGCUGAAACCAUCCAGCUCCGGGGCCAGCUGGCCUGCUCAGGAGAACAGGUGCCGCAUGGACGUGUCGGAGAAGGUCUACCGAGGAAGAGACGCCAUCAGCACUGGACACCGUCAGACCCAGUGGUUUCAGGCUCUUGCCUGAUAACUGUCAAACCAGUCAGCUUGGUGAUUGUCCAGAGAGAGUGAGCGAGGUGCCACCCUGCGUGGUGUGAUUUCCACAGGACUCGGUCGUCUGUGGUGGGGAGAAGUUCCCUGCACCCCAUAUGGAUCCACCUGUGAGUGCCAGCCUCUGCCACGUCAGCCUCCUGGGUCAACCCGGCCUCGGAACCCCCUCCCGCAGUGCCCUGGUGGCCACAUCCAGGCUCACCCCAUGUUGUGUUGAGACAGGAAGGAGUGCCGAGAUCUCUCACUUCAGUCGAAUAAAUGUUUGGAGAAUGUCUUGCGUGUUCUGAAGCUCUGCUGUCCUGGACUUUGUGGGCUAAUGUAGAUGUACAUGAUUUACAUAUUGAUGAUGAAUAUAAAUGAUGAGAUGGAAGCUUUCUGUCUCAUAAGGUAGUCGUACUUUACACAGGCCAUUCAGGUUGCAUAUUUAAGAAACUAUUCAUUAUGUUUAAUUUUAACAUUGAUUUCAGUAUUUUGCUUUUUUUUUAACAGAAGUAUCUUUGGGAAUUGUUUAGAAUUAUAAAUUUUUAGCAUUCUGUUUCUUAUUCAUGAAAAC